UCAUUAUCAUUGUAAAAGUCGAGGUAAAAUUGCGGUGAGGUUAUUUACUCCAGAAAAUUAUUUAAUUUUUAAUAUUAUGGCAGGUUUUACGGAAAAUGCACUAGUUCGUAAAUUGCAAGAGUUAAAUUCGAGCCAACAAAGUAUUCAAACAUUGUCGUUGUGGUUGAUCCACCACCGCAAACACCAUGCCGCAAUUGUAAAAACUUGGUACAAGGAACUCCUAAAAGCAAAAGACAGCAAACAAUUAACAUUUAUGUAUUUAGCUAAUGAUGUCAUACAAAAUAGUAAAAAGAAAGGUCCAGAAUAUGGAAAAGAGUUUGGAGAAGUAUUAUUAGAUUCACUUAAGCAUAUGGCAAAGACUGGAAUUAAUGCAAAGACUAAACACUCAUUGCACAGAAUAUUAAAUAUAUGGGAGGAAAGAGGAGUCUAUGACUCUGAAAAAAUACAAGAAUACAAAGAAGCUGUGGAUCCUAAUGACGCUGUUCCGAAAAAGGUUGGCAAACAUAAAUCAACUGACACUGAAACAAAUGAACCAGAAAAAAAACCAAAGGUUGAAAAACAAAAGAAAGAAAGAAGACGCAGCGAAACGAAGUCAGAAACAGAGAAACCUAAUGAAACUCAUACAACAUUGAGCCCGAAAACACCUCCUGGUGAUCCUCCAGAACCUGAAGAAUUAAUUAAGGCUCUUCUAGAAUUAGAAUCCAGUGCUUCCAGCGACGAAGCUGUACGUGAAAGGAUAGCAUCCUUACCACCGGAAGUUUCAGAAAUACAAUUAUUGUCUAAGCUAGAAGAUAAAGAGUCUGCAUUAAGCUUGAGUGCUGUGGUCAACUCAGCAGUGGAACUACUUGCUGAAUACAAUCUGAGGCUAUCUGAAGAGCUGGAGAAAAGGAGGAAGGUAGCCGCCAUGUUGAGGGAUUUUGCGCAGGCGCAGCGCGACUUGGCUAAACAAGCUGAGACAAGACUCGAGGAGUAUAAUGUGAAGCUACAAAAACUCUAUGCCGUGAAAGCGGAAGUGAAGUCCCAUAUAGAAAAUUUGCCGGACGUGUCGCGUCUGCCGGACGUCACUGGUGGAUUAGCACCGUUACCGUCCGCCGGCGAUCUAUUCAGUAUCUGAGACAGAAAAAGAUGCAAAUAACACUUAAGAGGUAAGAGUAACUUGUUUUAGUGAUGUAGCAAUAUCGAUAAUUAUCUGUUAAAUAUCGAUAAUUCUGCACAGUCAAUGCCUUCCUUCAAUCGAUUUUAAGCCUUAAUAUAGUUUUAAAAAUAAUUAGAUGCCGAUGGCCUUUAGUAUUUUUUGUCGGUUCCAUUUUUUUGACGUGGAUACGUCUAUGUUUUCGUUCUACAGGGGGGUCAUUCUGU